CCCUUGAACAGAGCAGGCAGCAACAGCAGCAGAGACAGCAUGACGUGGUGAGAGCGUGUGCUGCCACCAAGCCUGAAGCUGCCACACAACUCACAGAGCUACCUCCUGCUCAUCUUCCUCCUCCCCCGCUGAUUUUAGCCCUCUAGUCCUCUCAUAGACAACACGACGGUGGACUGCAAGAGGCUGCCGAACGUACAAGGUGAGGAGAGGAAAGCGAUAAACAAAAGAAAAGACAGCAGAUGUAGAGGGGGCAGGGAAGUUAAAAUAAGAGCAUGUGCUUUAACGACGAAAAGGGACCGGAAGAAGAAAGGAGAAUUAGCACAGAAAAGCUGAACAGAAAAACGCAAGACUUGGACAUCACCCAGAGAGGAUUCCAAUCUAUACACUGCUGCGCUGAUAUAUAUAAGACGACAAGCGAGGACAGCUGAAAGGACCCAGGGCUGCAGCUAACUGCCAACUACCGACUCUCUACUGCCUUUGACCAAAAAGCAGCAGCAGCAGUAGUGCAGCACCGUUAGCAUCAAGCCUCUGGGGACAAUGCGCCAAGGCAGAUAGAGAGACUGCAACACUAGAGUUCUGACACAUGUUCUCCCCAUGCACUCACAGACGCAACUGUAAAUGUGUGUGGUAGAGAGCUAUCAGUACCCAGAAAAGACUAAAUUUCCCCUUCUAAUUUGAGUUAAGAGAAGAUGAUGAUGAUUUCUCAUAUAUUGUGGAAAUAAAGGAGAAACUGGGUUGUAAAUCUGAAGUUAAAUUGCAAUUUGGCUAAGAGCACAGUAGAAGCAGUGACCAAAAGGGCGAUCACUGUGUGAGGAUUGCAAUUCAGCACAUUCAGGAAAGAUGGAUGCCAGAGGCGUACCUACAUCGAAACGGCUCUGUUUAGGUCUCCACCAACUCCUGAGGAAAAUAACUGGCAGGAAAUCACUAGAAAAACGUUAGAGUGGACUCACAACUUACAGCUGGUUUGGCAGACCACAACCAAAGGAUUUUCAUAUAGGGAAAUGAGUCCACACCACUGGGUCCCUUAGGCAACCCAUCAUAUACUUCACUUUGCUUCCAGGGAUCAAGGCCCUGUCAGAAGCUUCUGACGACUGAUCUUCAAACGGUGGCAACUGUCUGGAUGAAUUAGUCCUGCGGUAAUCAUGCAGUGGAGACGACGCCACUGCUGUACGCAUGCAGCUAAAACUUUGUAUCUCCUCUCACUGCUGGGUGUACUGGUCUUUCUGGUCCACCAGGUGUGGCUGCCUAGGUUCACAGGAAUGCCAUGGUGGAGAGGCAAUCCUGUGGUGUACGGAGGCGGUGAACUUCAUACCGCCAAAACCAAGUGGAACACAAGCGCCCAAUAUUCAGCAUGGAGGUUUGUUAUUGUUCCUCAGCCGACCUUCAAGGCGAUUGCCAACAUCAGCUCACACGAGAAGGAAGGUGUCUCCUCUCCUCCAGGAGACCCAAAUUUUGUAGACACUUUAGCAGCCAGGGUAGAGGGAGAACUUAGUGGCAAAGCAAGCCAGGGGCCUUUCACUUACAUCAUCAACGAGCCAGACAAAUGUGCAGAGAGCAAACCUGCCCCAUUUCUGGUGUUACUGAUAGCCACCGAGGCUCGGCAGGUCGAGGCAAGAAAUGCCAUAAGGCAGACAUGGGGGAACGAGAGUGUGGCUCCUGCUUUGGGAUUCAUUCGUCUGUUUCUGUUGGGGAAAAAUGACGGAGAGCUUGGAAUUUUACAGCAGAGGAUGCUAGAAGCAGAGAGCCGGAGAUAUCACGAUAUCAUUCAGCAAGACUUUAAAGAUUCCUAUAAAAAUCUGACCAUUAAGACAUUAAUGGGAAUGAACUGGGUGGCAAUUCAUUGCCCACAAGCAAGCUAUGUCAUGAAGACGGACAGCGACAUGUUUGUCAACACAGAAUAUCUCAUUUACAAACUACUCAGGCCAGAAAUUACGCCUAAGAAGAACUACUUCACAGGCAAUAACAUGAGAGGCUUUGCACCCAACCGAAAUAAAAACAGCAAGUGGUACAUGCCCCCUGAGCUGUACCCAAGCGAGAAGUAUCCCACCUUCUGCUCAGGGACUGGCUAUGUCUUCUCUGGCGACUUGGCAACAAAAAUCUAUCGAGCAUCCCUAAGUAUCCGACACCUACACCUGGAGGAUGUGUAUGUGGGGAUAUGCCUGGCCAAGCUCCAGAUCGAGCCCACUCCUCCAUCUAAUGCAUUCCUGUUCAACCACUGGCGGGUGUCUUAUUCCAGUUGCAAGUACAGCCAUCUGAUAACAUCACAUGGAUUUCAUCCCAAUGAACUACUUAAAUACUGGCAUCACUUGCAAAGCAACAAACACAAUGCCUGCAUCAACACACUGAAGGCGAGAGCAGGCAGGACACACUCAAACAGAAUAAACAGAGAAAAACCAGCUCAAUAACUGAAAAAGUAACUGUUAACUCACCUUGUUAAGUACAAAUAAUGUUUUUUUUUUAAACACAGCACAUUCUCUUCUUAGCCUGACAUCAAGGGAUUAAUCCACACCUUACCCAUACGAGAACUCAACAGAAAUUCUGAAUAAAUAUUGUGCAAAAAAUGAUGGAAGUUCUCUGAAAAGGUUGUCAAUUUUGUACAAAAGGGAAGAGAAACAUAUAUAUCUGCGCGAAGCCCCUGGAGACCUUAAGUAUACAGUUAUAUUUACAAAAGUUUAACUUGUGUUUACUGUGGGGCAAAAGCUACUUUUUUGGAAUAAUGUAAGAUCUACUUCAUGUGUUUAAUACUGUAUAUGCUGAGUGGACAGUAUAUAGUGCCAAUAAAACAUUUCAAUGUCUAACAAAUAGUCAGCGAAGUCACUUCAAAAAAGACAAGUUCACACAUGAUAUCAGCUACUAGAGUCUGACACUGUUGUGGCACAAAUGUUCCUCUUCUUCCAUUAGUGAGGUACUGUCUCAUAAAAAAUUCCAUUUCAAAGAGUUAGAGAGACCAGCUAGCAAACAGCUAAGUAACAUAAUGUAACAUUAUUUUAGAUGAUGCACCACUAAUUACGGCCUUAAAAACGAUAAAAGACAACCCUUUCCUUUCUGUGUUUUAUGCUGAUUGUCUACGAGGUCAUAAAACGGGAUUACAAAGACCAGCGGGAGUUUCUGUUAUCUGAUAAUUACUUUUUGAAAAAACAAAACAGAAUAAACUGUUCAAGGCCGACAAAUUUAAAUCUCUCCAGCCAUAAUGUGAACAUAAUUCCCUUGUGUUCACACCAAACACAGAGCCAACUAUUUGUGUGAACUGAUUAUAUCAAUGCAAAGCAUAAUCAUACAAUUUUAUUCAACUUUAGCAAAAAACAGUUGCGCGCGUUGAGGGGCUUUGGAGGAUGUUGUGUGAAAGCAAACGAGUGGUGUGGAGGGACAGAGCCACUGCUUGGCUGCUGAGAUCUGCAAGGCACUGGAUAUUGUAUACUCAAUAUUGUGAUUAUAUUAAUUGACUUAAUUCAACUACUUGAAAAACAAAGACUAAGUGAAUGAUGAUGGUGGUUCUGACUCAUUACAUGGUGAUACUCACAAGCAUCAGGUUACAUAAUUUUAGUUUUAUUGCUUACUGCAGUUAGGGGCUGGGAAUUGUUUUAAAAAAAUUAUGAUACCACUACAAGGGAUAGACUGAUUGUCAGUUCUAAAUAUCACUUAUCAGUCUCCUUAAAUAUUGAUAAUUGGCAUCAGCCCAGAAAAAACCUGAUCCCUAACCAGUACCACCACCAAAACCCUUAAAGUGGAACUGAUCCCAAUAAAGUACUUCAUUCAAUAUCCAGU